ACAAAAAUGGCGGAUGUGGACGAAGACAUAGUCAGAGAGGAUCUGAGUGACAGAAUAGAGCGCAGUCCGGAUGAAAUCUGGAAUUACCUCAACAGCGUGGAGUGUGUAGCAACUGAUAUUUCUCCAGAGACUGCGGAGAGCCUGUUUAGAAUACUAGAAGAUGACGGCAAUGAAGAACCCCCAUGCCAAAAUAGCAACACAGUCACUGUUACUUCAGAUGACCAGAAACAAGAACAAGCUGUUAAAUGUCUUGUCAAAAUGAUACAUCUUAUCCACCAAGCAAAUCUUAACAAAAGGCAACAAGUCCAUUGUCUUGUAGAUACACCUUCAUUGUUGAAGAGAUUCCUGGAAAUUAUACAGCUCAGAGGUUUCCAAGCUCAUUUCUCAAGUACUGUCUUCAUGGUGGAUGCAAUUCCUAAGAUUCUGGAUUGUGAUAACUCAGCAGUUCUUCAGGCUAUAUUUCUUGGAGUUGGAAGUUUUGAACCUGUCAUCUCUGUUUUGAACUUUGAGUGUGAAAAUGAAGAGACACAAAAUGUGCUGUACAAGAGCUGUGUGCUGGCAAUUCAAAGAAUCAUGUGUGCCUCACAAGCAGCAAAGGAAGCAUUUAAAGAUAGCGUGGGGUUUGAAAGGAUUUGUAGAUACUUAAAAAGACUCCAUGCUCCAUCAAGAGAAUUCAUUCACCUCCUAUUCAAUUGGGUAGUGGAAGGGAUUUAUGGUAAAGAAAACAAAGUGAUUAACAAUGUUGAUGUUGUGCUACUUCUUCUGGAUUGGCUUCCAUCUUUAUCAGCAGAAAACAAGAGGCAUGUAACAGAGUUUAUCAGACACUUGUGCAAGUUUUCAAUGCGCAAUGCUAUGUUGUGUAGCACUAAUGGUGUGUUCAAUAAAGUUGUGGCACUUUUGGAGUCUGAUGCACAGAACAUUGAUACCAUCUGGGCAGAAUCCCUGAUUGGUAUACUAGAGGCCAUUGGUGCACAUUCUGUAACAUCACGUGAGCUUAAACAGAUGAUUGGACUCUUCAAGCCUCUAGAGGAUGGUUCACAGGUACCAUUUGCUUACAGAGUCCUGCAGGCCUUGGUAAAAAUGUCAUUUAGUAGCAGCCGUUUGAGAGCAAAACACUUCUUUGACCUUCACCACCCCUCUGCUGGAAUCUCAGUUCUAGGUAUGCAGAAAUGGCCUGGCCAUAGCUUCACGUUUCACGCUUGGAUUUGUCUGGACUCCGAUAAAAUCAAGGAAAGGAGUGAUCUGAGUGUUGAUAGAAAAAUAUUUCACUAUCGGCGUAUGCUCUACAGUUUUUUCACUACUUCUGGAGCUGGGUUAGAAGCGUUUUUUUCUUCCACCGGACACCUUGUUGUGGCAGUGUGCAACAAAAAGGAAUACUCUUCUGUUACUGUUCCAGUUUGCCAGCUCUGUGAUCAAACAUGGCAUUCUGUAGCGGUGUCACAUAUACCUUCCCGUCGUCCUUUCGGGCAGAGCACUGUGUCUGUUUAUGUGGAUGGUGUGCUUAAGAUCAGCUGCCCAAUGAAGUUUCCUUCUCUCUCAGAGGAUAUUUCCAGUUGCCAGAUCGGCUCAGGUUCCCUUCAGACCAACAGUUCACCACAGGAGUACCAGGAUGUGAACACCAGAAGCGGUCAGAAGAGGUUCACUUUCCCCCUCUCCUUCCCGGGGCUGUCGACAGAACCCAGCUCACCCCACUGCUCCACCAUAUCUGCCGGGGCGCAGGAUUAUGUGUGGGGGGUACCAACAUCUCUGCAUGGACAAUUAGGUCCCGUAUGUGUGUUUAGCGAAGGACUACAGGAAAAUUACAUCACUGCGUUGUAUGUGGCAGGUCCAAAUGAUCUUAACCUGUUUCAACCAGUUGAUGCCUCUGCACAACUCGCGCUGAAUGACUUAACUCCAAAACUAGUCCUUUUUUACAUUUCAAAGGCUGGCCGGGAUCAUGAUCUGUUGUGUAGCGAUUUAACACCAGGUCAACCAGGAAGAAUCCACUUGGAUGGCAGAUUAACUGGCCAUAGAUGUAACACCAGGAGCAUGAAGGAUGCUGUGCGCUGCAUCGGUGGAAUGAAAAUCUUUUUACCUUUGCUGGAGCAGAUCCCGUCCUUUGAGUCUCAAACGUCUACAGCACAUAUUGGUAGCAGUGAGCAACUGGAGGUCUUUGAUUUAGAAAGGUCUCUUGAAGAGAAAGGAGGGAGACACCUUGAAAGGCACCUCAGCAGCACCUCAGAGGAUGACUCCAGCCAAGCAGGAUCCAGUGUGCCUUCUAGUCCCAGUCUUCCUUGCACAGAACAGCAGGAGGAGGAAUGGGUCUACAUUGAAGAUAACUUCGACCUUCGAUUUUACAAAAAAGAGAUUUACAGACUGUGCAAGUCACGCAAUAGUAACGGCGUAGCUUUGUUUAUGUUUUUGCUUUUAAGUAUUUUGAAAGGCCAUGAUGUGAGGGAGGAGGAGUUUGCGGAAACUCUUUGCUACGUUGGUAGCAUAUUACGUACUAUGGACGUCAAGUUUAUUAAUGUUGGAGUGCUUAGAUCGUUACAAGCUUUAGUGGAAUGCGUGACAAACGAGACUGUUUUACAAAGUAUCUUUGAGAAUCUGCUCUUUGAUUUUCGCAUUUGGAGCUGCAGUGAAUUUAACGUGAGAAUUGGACACAUUCAGUUUAUUUCCACACAAAUUAAAGAUUCACCGGAAAGAUUUCGUUCCGAGUACGGAGUCAGGUUCUUUCUUGAUGUCAUUACCCAGCACUAUAGUGAGCAUGCGCCAUUGGGGAAUUCCGCUGGCUGGCAUCGAGAAAACGAGAUUCAGUUGACUCAGGAAGAAGUAAAGAUUAUCAGAGCAUCUUUGUUAGGUUUGAUUAAAUUCUAUCUGACUGAGAAAGUUGCACGAGAAGAGGUUUGGUUCAUUGUGGAAUACUUGUCUUGCGUGACAGACUCAGAACAAAUCACAGAGGUGAUAGACGUUCUUUUGUCGCUCUGUGAGCGUGCGUCAAAGAGUAAAAUGGCUAAACGGCUGUCAGAUCCCAGACAUAUCCCAGUCUUUGUCACUUUACUAAUCAAUCAAAAAAACGAAGACCUUCGUCUCAGGAUUCUGAAACUAAUGUCCGCCAUCAUAGCGUCCAAUAAGGUCCCCGAGGGAAACAGAAGCUAUUGGCAUUUAAGGCACAUAGGGCUCUCUGCGGUUACAAAGCUCCUCAUGGAUGACGUCUCUGAGCCCCUUAUAAAAAGUCUCCUGAGGCUGGGUGUGUCAGAGCAUGAUGAGAACAAAGGCGUUGAUGUUUUGAUGCAUUAUCACGUGGUGCUGGCCGUGCUGGAACUGAUUGAUAAUAAGGAUCUUGAAACGAAGCUUUUUGUGAGUCACAUGAUUUUACGAUCAAUCGAUGCUAACUCCCUCAGCAUGUCACGGUGUGCCAAGGAAUUUGGGUGGCAUGUUACGCUGCUCAGAAUGAUCACAGGCCCAUUUGGCGCACCACGGAGUAUCAGUGACUCGAAAGAACAUGACAUAAGUGUUCUGGAAGAAAAGAAAAGAGGCGAGGAAGAUUUGAUCGAUACCGUGCUGGAAAUCGUGUUUCGAGUGAUGUGGAAAGGGGUUGAAGGCUUUGGCGAAAGUGAUUGGAAGGUUCGAGGUCAAGCCAUAGCCGCAGUGAGUAUCAUUUCCUCAGCGGAGUCUUUUUUGGUCUCUCAUCGUGUUAUUGAGAGGCGCCUUCUGGAGCUUUGUCUGCGGGGCGCCGUGCAGGAUAUCGAGGUGUCCGGACAGACAGGUGAAUCUGAGACCCAGAAUGCACUGAUGGUAAUGCGUUUGGUAGAAGACUUCAUCUUUACGCCAGCCGCCAUUGCUGGAGCGGAAUCAGACACUGAAUCGGAGACGUGGAGCGUGAAGCUUGUCGAGAAUGUUGUGUUCCUCCUUGAGGUACUAAACGUCUGGGACGAGAAUGAAGAAAAUGUGCAAUGGGAGGAAAUGUCUCAAGUUGGAGUGAGGAUUCUCUUGGCUUUCAUUUCUCGGCCGGAAACAGAAUACUGCGCUACAGCUUCUUCCAAACUUAGCAAACUUCUUAAGGCCCGGAUGACUUCGUCUCAGGGAGAGCUUUGCUACAUUCUAGGACGACUACAUCAAGCCUUUGUUGCAUCACGAAAUAAAGGUGACAACGAAAAUUUUUCGUUCAUCAUUCCCGUCAUCCGUAUGUUGCUUCUCAAGUAUCACCACACUCUACCGCUGACCAUCUAUAUACCCACAUUUUCAACCGCUGACCACGGACGAAUACAGGCUCAGGAGGAUUUCCUUGAGCUGAUUGAGUGUGUAGAAUUCAAAGCAAUGAUGAAACAGCAGAUUUAUCCAGGGAUGAAACAAUAUGAAAAUACGUUCUCAGAAUCAUCUCUAGCCUCAGGUCGCUUUUGGAUGGAUUGCCUGACAGGUCUCACGGAAAGCUUAAGAAAUAAAGACAGAGCUCAGGAAGAAAGCUGCGAGAAAUUUGAGGAGCAGAUCACAUUGCCAUUUCAACAACUUCAAGAUUUACAAAGAGAACACAUCAAAGAUUUACCCAAAGAACAAGAGCAAGAAAAAGAAAAUGUGGCAAGGCAAUGGAAAGUGUUAAAAAGAAUGUUUACCUCUGAACGAUCCCCUUGGGGUGCAAGGUCACCAAAGGAAUCACACUGGAAACUCUCCUCCACAGAGAACUUUCAACGCAUGCGCCUUAAGCUAGCACAAAACUACUCAUUUACACCGCAUAUCGAGGCAAGCCGUGCGCGUGACAAUGCGGAUGUGGUGGAUGCUCGCGAGGCCUCACUGCCCGUGCGUGUUGCUAAGGAGGCCGUUGUUCAAAAUGUCGACGAGGACAUUCUUGAAGUUGAUGACCUUGCAAGUCCCACUGGCAGAGAGAAGGUUCGCACAAUUUCAGAAGCGGAAAGACCUCUUUUGGGCGAAGAUUGCGAGUUGAUUACGCUCAUGGAUAUUGUGCCGGGUAAACUUGAGAUCACUACUACGCAUGUCUACUUCUAUGCGGAUGAAAUCAUCGGUCAGGAUUUUCAGUGGCCGCUGAAUGAGCUUAGAGAAGUGCAUUUAAGACGGCACAAUCUGAGGAGAAGUGCAUUGGAGUUCUUUUUGAUGGAUCAGACAAACUAUUUUUUGAACUUCACCAAAGAGACUCGUAACAAAGUGUACAAAAGGAUCAUGUCCCUCCGUCCUCGGAAUUUGUACUACAUGGGCGCCAAAUCUCCUGCGGACCUGCUCACGGCCUCAGGACUCACAAACAAGUGGGUGCACCGAGAGAUAUCCAAUUUUGAGUACCUUAUGCAGCUCAACACCAUCGCUGGAAGGACCUAUAAUGACCUGAGCCAGUAUCCAGUAUUUCCUUGGGUCCUUAUGGAUUAUGAGUCAGAGGAGUUACGUCUGGAUGACCCUACCGUGUAUAGAGACCUUUCCAAACCUGUUGGGGCUCUUAAUCCUGAUCGAGUAGAACCUAUAAGAGAAAGAUACAACUCCUUCAUUGAUCCCUCUGGAUUAAUCGCCAAAUUUCAUUACGGCUCGCAUUAUUCCAGCUCUGCUGGAAUUCUUCAUUACAUGCUGCGCGUUGAACCCUUCACCACUCUACACGUUAAACUGCAGAGUGGAAGAUUCGACUGCGCGGACAGACAGUUUCACAGCAUACCGUCCACAUGGGAUUCUAUCUACAACAAAGGCGGGGAUGUUAAAGAGCUUAUUCCUGAGUUUUUCUACUUUCCGGAAUUCUUGCUUAAUUCUAACAGGUUUGACCUUGGACGUCUUCAGCGAGGAGAGGUGGUUGAUGACGUCAUUCUUCCGCGCUGGGCGACCUCGCCGGAAGAUUUCGUCUCCAAACACAGACAAGCGUUAGAAUCCGAUCACGUGUCUUCUCACCUGCACGAGUGGAUUGACUUGAUAUUCGGUUAUAAACAGAAGGGGCCAGCCGCAGAGGAGGCGAUGAAUGUGUUUUACUAUUGCACUUAUGAAGGGGCUGUUGACCUUGAUGCCAUAACAGACCCAGCCGAGCGAGAAGCCACUGAGGGUAUGAUAAACAACUUUGGUCAAACUCCUAUACAGCUUCUUACUCAGCCGCACCCACAGCGCAUGUCUGCCGAGGAAGCCGCUGGGUUUAAGACAACAAAGAGCGUGGGCACAAGCAAGACACUUGCGAAUGUGUUUGAGAACUUCGACAAGUUAAAGGCCUACUUUGUCAUCGUAUCUGAUGCCACUGACCCUCUGGUGUUCUCCGCCGUGUCUCACGUUCACACCAGAUCCCUGAUUCACUCGGGCAUGCCUGAACACAUGAUCACCAUCAGCCAGAAUGGCAUUGUGGGAUUGCAUGACUGGCUGCCUUACUCCAAGACCAGGGCCAAACCUUUCACCUUUGAACCUGACCCGUCUCUGUCAUCAAACAGAUUACGCCGUUGUAUCGCCGGCCCGUUCAGUCCUGACAUGCAGGUCUCUUCGCAUAUGUUUGCUAUUACCCACGAUGCUAGGUUGAUUAUUACCGCUGGUCACUGGGACAACAGUUUGCGAGUUUUUGCCACAAGAUCGAAACAGCUGACCAGAAUUGUGGGGCAUACAGAUGUAAUUACUUGUGUUUCAUUGGAUGAUGAUGGUCAUCACUUGAUCACUGGGUCACGUGACACGACCUGCCGCUUGUGGGGAAUCACUCAUCAGGGAGGAGUGGCUCAGGAAGUAAUUCGUACCCCACUACAGACCUUAUAUGGUCAUGAUCAGCGAGUCACAUGUGUAGCUAUGAGUUGGGAACUUGACAUGGCAGUCAGCGGCUCUCAGGAUGGCACAUGUAUCAUUCACACAGCGCGAAAAGGCGAAUACGUUGUCACGCUAAGGCCCACGGGAAUGUCGCCUGGUGCACAAGACAGCUUCUGUCACGUGACUGGCCUCGCCCUUUCCGAAUAUGGAAACAUUGUGGUUUGUUACCAACAAGAGAAUAGUCGAUCCCUGUGCAGGUAUUCCAUUAAUGGAACACUUCUUACAAAAGACGUCAAACUGAAAGAGGAUGUCGCCCGUGUUUUUAUUUCUGGCGAGUUUGUUGUUAUCGGAGGAGCCGACGGAAAACUGGAAAUCAGGAAAUUGCAAGGUUUCGAAGCGGUGAAGAAAAUGAACCUUUUAAUACCAAUUCGUAAUAUCUCCCUGGCGAGGGACAAUACUCACUUCCUUGUUUGCCUCCAAGAUGGUAAACUCAUUGUAAUUGGUGUAGAAGCUUCGUGACGUCACAAGUACCACGUAUUGUCACGUGACUAACACGCCAUUUCUCGUGGUUGUCUCAAAGAUUGUAAGUCACUACGAUUGGUGCAAAAGCUUCGCGACGGUAUACAUAUUAAGGUGAUAUAUUUUGACCUGUGCGUUAUAUCGCGUCCCUCGAGAAUUUCGUUUUAAAUUUUCAAUUCAGCGAAGUUGAUUUAGCUUUUUGCAUAUCUCCUUUAAGAAAUCCUGAACUUACUGGAAACUGAUCGAGAUUCUAGCUAGGUAGUAUAUAAAGCUUACAGGAAGCUGAGCUCAGAAUGUAGUUAGGUAGUAUUUUACAAGGUCUGGUCGUUAUGCUCCCUUUGCAAUAUCUUUAUUUUUUGGAUAAAAUUGAGAAUUCGGUGUUUUAUAGCAAUAACUUCGCUAAGGAAGAUAGUUUUGUCUAUUUUCAUCAUGAUCGUGACAGUUUCAGUUCCUAUACAUGUAGAAUAUGAAAGGAACGUUGUGAAAUGAAAGAGUAGAGAGUUUACUUCUUCUAGUGUAAAAUUAUCACCGUAAAAUCUGGCGACUCUGAGGAAAAGCAAGUGGACCAGAAUGGAAGACUGCGGAAUUUUCUAAUUUUGAUGGGAAUUACUUCAUUGUAAAUGGUAGAUUUUGUCAUUUCAUUUUCAAGAAGAAUUCGAGAAUUCUUCCUCUCGUUUAGCUCUCCUAUCGCAAACAAUGCAGGCACUGGGUGCUUUGAUUUAUUUACAAGAAAUUUUGUAGAGCUAGACAGGACUAAAAAAUUGGUAAUUUAGUGUUAACAACUGAGUUGAAAACGUAAAUUGGCCACCGUAAGAGUUUAAAGGCUGACGUUACGUUACGCAGCACCACAGUUUCUUUAGAAACUUACCCCCUUUAUUCAUAGGACUAAAAAUUUGUUUAACUGUACAAUAUUAAUUCAAUAAUGAGACUUAAGAGCAAGUUGCCUCUAAAAAUACAGUCAGAGCAUGGGCAGUUACGUCAAACCAAACUAAUCACAGCAGCCAAUCAGAGCAAAGGAAAACAGUCACUAGGGAUUAUCUGAUUGGUUGAAGCGGUAACACACGUCUUUUGGCCAAUUAAAAAGUCGAGUAGAGAAAAACCAAUGAAAUCACUGAUUACUAUUGACUUUAAAUUCCUCCUGGCUGUCUGUGGAAUUAGGUGGUUUUAUGUAAUGACGUUGAUUUAUAAAACGAUGUAGAACAAUGGAAAAUGUCUGAAAGUAAGCAAGCGUGAUUCCGUUGUACCCUCGCUUGUUGGCCCAGACUUUCUACUUGUUGCUUGCAUCAACCUUCACUGACAUCACUCGUAAUUUUCGACUCAGUUUAAUCGGUUAAGUUCAUCAUAUGAACAAUGAAAUCAUGCAUCUAAGCGAUGUUUAAUGGACAAAAAUGUAAUGGAACAUCUCUGUGUACACUUGUAAAUUAUGACAGACAAAGCUUACGACAAUACAUUUAUUUUUAUACAA